UGUUGCUUAGCAGCUAAUAAUAGGAGAUGUUUGCGGAGUAAUUUGCCUCUUCCUCGGCCAAUGGGAACCGGGGCACUUUCCCAUCAAACCAAACCUUCCUCCCCCCGCUCCUCUUUUCAGGAUCUCGAAGGAGACUGUUUGUUCCAAAUGUUGGUGGGACGGGAUCCGAGGCGCACUGCACCGCCGGGCACCCGGGCGCCUCUCGUUUCGGGGGCUGUGUGAGCUUUCGGUCGCCGUCUCCUGCCGCGCGUCGAAGGGGCCACGCUGGAAGGCGCCGAGGGCGCAUGGGGCGCGCUUGGAUGGCCUCGGAUUCGCCCCCAUAAUGUCCACAUGGGAUCCCCGCAGCAGCCACUCCUCUGAAGCCUCCGACCCCGCGCUUCUCCCCUCUGGAUUACCGUUCCCGGGAAGCCGCCUGCGCCCCUGCGCCUCCCGCCAGCACCGUCCUCGCUCGACCCUGGAGUAUGGCUUCGGAUCGGCCGGUCCCGGGGGCCGGGGGCUUCCUGGGAGAGCUCCCGCCGUCUUACGCGGCGGCGGCGGCCACGGCGGCAACUGCCAACUCGGAUCUUCUCCGGAGACCCAGCUACUGCCACGCUGCCUUUGCCCUCAAACAGAUCUCCAAGGGUAAGGCUGUGGGCCAGAAAGCCCCGCUGUGGCUGCGGGCCCAGUUCCAGGCCCUGCUGUUUACACUGGGCUGUUGGAUCCAUCGUCACUGUGGCAAAGUACUUUUUGUGGGGCUGCUGGUCUUUGGGACGCUGGCUGUAGGGCUGCGAGUAGCCUCCAUAGAAACGGAUAUUGAACAACUCUGGGUGGAAGAGGGCAGCCGUGUCAGCCAGGAGCUCCGGUACACAAAGGAAAAGCUAGGAGAAGAGUCUCUGUACACACCCCAGAUGCUGAUACAAACUCCCAAACGUGAAGGUGAAAACAUCCUGACCCCAGAGGCCUUGGGAAUGCAUCUCGAAGCUGCUCUGGCUGCAAGCAAAGUGCAAGUCUUACUUUAUGGAAAGUCUUGGGAUCUUAACAAAAUAUGCUACAAGUCAGGUGUCCCCAUAAUUGAGAAUGGAAUGAUUGCACGGAUGAUCGAGAAGCUCUUUCCUUGUGUUAUCGUGACCCCACUGGACUGCUUUUGGGAUGGUGCCAAGCUGCAAGGGGGUUCUGCUUACCUCCCGGGCCGGCGCGAUAUCCAGUGGACUAACUUAGACCCCAUUCAACUGAUGGAGGAGUUGGGUCAGUUUGCCUCGCUGGAAGGAUUCAAGGAGAUGCUGGAUAAGGCAGAGGUUGGCCAGGCCUAUAUGGAGCGGCCUUGUCUUGACCCCUUUGACCCUGAGUGUCCUACAAGUGCCCCCAACAGCCAAAGCCGGCAGGAACCAGACAUCCCCUCAGAGCUCACGGGUGGCUGCCAUGGCUUCUCACGAAAAUACAUGCACUGGGAAGAGGAACUGAUCCUGGGUGGCACUGUGAAGGAUUCCCAGGGCAAACUGCAGGGAGCCGAAGCCCUACAAAGCAUGUUCCUGUUGAUGAGCCCACGACAGCUCUUUGAGCACUAUCGGGAUGACUAUGAGAUACACGACAUCAGCUGGAGUGAGGAGAAGGCAGCUGCUGUGCUGGAGGCCUGGCAGCGGGAGUUUGUUGAGUUGGCCCAGGAAUCCCUCCCUGCGAAUUCCUCCCAGACUAUCCAUGCCUUCUCCACCACCACGCUUGAUGACAUCAUGAAAUCCUUCUCAGAUGUGAGCGCCAUCCGUGUGGCUGGCGGGUACCUGCUGAUGCUGGCGUAUGCCUGUGUCACCAUGCUGCGUUGGGACUGUUCCAAAUCACAGGGUGCUGUGGGCCUGGCUGGGGUUCUUCUGGUUGCCCUUUCCGUGGCAGCAGGACUUGGACUGUGUUCUCUGCUAGGAAUCUCAUUCAAUGCAGCCACAACCCAGGUCCUGCCCUUUCUGGCACUGGGCAUUGGUGUGGAUGACAUGUUUUUGCUGGCACAUGCCUUCACAGAGACCAGCCAGCACGUCCCUGUCAAGGAGCGGACUGGGGAAUGCCUACGCCGCAGUGGCACCAGUGUGGCACUCACCUCUGUCAAUAAUAUGAUUGCUUUCUUCAUGGCUGCUCUUGUGCCCAUCCCAGCACUGCGUGCCUUCUCUCUGCAGGCUGCUGUCGUGGUAGUGUUCAACUUUGCCAUGGUGCUUUUCAUUUUUCCUGCCAUCCUGAGUCUGGACCUUCACCGGCGUGAAAACAAGAGGCUCGAUAUUCUGUGCUGUUUCUACAGCCUCUGCUCCUCCCACGUCAUCCAGAUUCAGCCACAGGAAUACACAGAUGCAAAUGACAACCCCACGGCACCUGCUUUCCCGCAUGGACAUCCAGCACUGACCACCAGCACACGCAUCACCACUACAGUUCAGGCCUUCACCCAGUGCGAUCCCUCUGGGCGGCAUGUGGUCACCAUUUUACCACCCACCCAGCAUGUCUAUACCACCCCUUCCACUCUCCUGCCUGCCAACCCUUUGGGGUCGCAAGUCUUCACCCCUGCCAGUUCCACCCGUGAUCUUCUGGCACAGCUGGAUGAGAACAAAAGUGCCCCGGAUUGUGUGCCGUUGCCCUUUUGUCAUUGGAACCUCUCCAGCUUUGCUCGUGACAAAUAUGCACCUAUCCUGCUGCAGAGCCACACCAAGGGAAUUGUUGUAGUCCUGUUCCUGGCACUGCUGGGCCUGAGCCUCUACGGUACAACCAAGGUGCAUGAUGGACUCUACCUGACAGAUAUUUUACCACGAGGCACAAAGGAGCACGCCUUCAUUUCCGCUCAGUUCAAAUACUUCUCCUUUUAUAACAUGUUUGUGGUUACAAAGGGUGGCUUUGACUACCCCAGCUCACAGGAGGCCCUCUACGGCCUGCACCAGGCCUUCAACGCCAUCCAGUAUGUUGUGCGUGAUGAGAACCGCCAGUUGCCGAAGAUGUGGCUGCACUACCUCCAGGACUGGCUGCGAGGUCUACAGGCAGCCUUUGACCAGGACUGGGAAGCUGGGCAUAUCACCAAGGAGAAUUACCGCAACGGAUCAGAAGAUGGUGCCCUGGCUUACAAGCUCCUCAUCCAGACAGGCAACAAGAAAGAACCCUUAAACCUAAAUCAACUGACAACUCGCCGCCUGGUGGAUGAGAAUGGGAUCAUUCCUCCUGACAUCUUCUACAUCUGUUUGACAGUGUGGGUGAGCAACGAUCCACUUGGCUUUGCUGCAUCUCAGGCCAACUUUUACCCACCACCCCCGGAAUGGAUCCACGACAAGUACGAUGCCACUGGCGAGAACCUUCGAAUCCCUGCUGCACAGCCCCUGGAGUUUGCUCAGUUCCCCUUCUACCUCAAUGGACUGCGGCAGACAUCAGACUUCGUGGCAGCCAUCGAGAGCGUGCGUGCUAUCUGUGAUGAGGUGGCCCAGACGCAUGGUGUCCUCAGCUACCCUAGCGGAUACCCUUUCCUCUUCUGGGAGCAGUACAUUGGCCUUCGUCACUGGCUUCUACAGGCCAUCAGUAUUGUGUUGGCCUGCACUUUCCUAGUGUGCACCCUGCUACUCCUCAAUCCUUGGACUGCCAGUAUCAUUGUAUUUGUUCUAGCUAUGAUAACAGUCGAGCUCUUUGGGAUCAUGGGCCUGAUGGGCAUCAAGCUGAGUGCCAUCCCAGUAGUCAUCCUCAUCGCCUCUGUGGGAAUUGGUGUGGAAUUCACCGUACAUGUGGCUCUGGGCUUUCUCACGGCCAUUGGCAACCGGAACAGCGCACUACUGUGGCCUAGAGCACAUGUUUGCCCCCUGUGAUGGAUGGUGCUGUCUCCACGUUGCUUGGUGUCCUUAUGCUAGCUGGUUCAGAGUCUCGAUUUCAUUCUGAGGUAUUUCUUUGCUGUGCUCACCAUCCUGACCAUUCUGGGACUGCUCAAUGGCUUGGUGCUGCUGCCCUGUCCUGCUAUCUAUCAUUGGACCACCUGCAGAGGUCACACCAGCAGAUAAUGGUCUAGCCGCCUCUGCCGACACC